UCAAUAAACGAAACUGUAUAGAACUGAACAAAAAAAAAUAAAGAGGAGAAAAAUUAUUGUUAUAAUAAAAUAUUAACUACUCAACACACACUGAUCCCAGCUGCGGUUAUGAAUACGUCAAUACCCAGCAUACAAAUAAAGAAGGGCGUCUGCCAGCUGCUUGCCUUGAACAGGUUCAGUGUGCAGCAAUGGCUGAAAACCUUCGACACGAUGAUCUUCGAUGCGGAUGGGGUGCUGUGGAAUUCGGACAAGCCGAUACCAGGAGCACCAGAGACAUUCAAUGCCUUGCGUGCCAUGGGCAAACGGGCGUUCAUCUGCACAAAUCAUUCGGCUUCGUCGCGGCAAAAACUUUGGUGCAAGGCCCAGAGCAUGGACCUGCUUAUAGCCGAGGACGAGAUACUGUCUUCAUCGGGCGCACUGGCUCGCUAUCUGCAGGAGCGUAAAUUUAAGGGCAAGGUCUUCAUUGUCGGCGGUCAGGGCAUCGCCGAUGAGCUGACAGCCGUUGGCAUUGAGUCACUACCAAUGGACGAGGCCCCCGCUUUGGGAACUACAUUGCGCGAGUAUGUCGAACAUAUGCCUAUGGAUUCUGCUGUAGGUGCUGUUGCAGUGGGCAUUGAUAACAAUUUCAAUGCCUUCAAACUGUCGAAAGCCUGCUGCUAUUUGCGCAACCCAAAGGUACUAUUCCUGGCUACCAAUAAUGAUCGUUCAUUUGCUGUGACUCCGGAACGCCAUAUACCUGGCGCUGGCGUCAUGGUUUCUGCCGUGCAAGCGGUGGCCAAGCGUCCACCGUUUACCUGUGGCAAGCCCAAUACCUACAUCGUCUUGCAUCUCAUACGUGAGGGCCUAAUUAAGCCGGAUCGCACUCUCAUGGUGGGCGAUACUUUGUACACGGAUAUUCUGUUUGGCUACCAUUGCGGCUUUCAGACUCUUCUGGUGGGCACUGGCAACAGUAAUCUCACGGAUGUCGCUAAGGCACAGGAGUCCAAGAAGCCACUGAUGUACCAGCAAAUUCCAGAUCUAUUUUUACCCAAGCUUGCGGAUUUGCAUAAGUUCCUACCCUCCAAAAAUGGUUAAUUCAAACUUAUAUACAUAUACUAAAGCUCGCUCAUAUGAGUGUAUAUAGUCGAAUAAAGAUAUGCUGAAAUAUCCGAAAAUGGAGCA